AUGAACGUGUCAUCUGCCAAUGUGACUGUGGUUAUAGAGUAUCGAGACUCCUUUACCAAAGCUGUGACCAAGAAUGUGAUUGUCGUGGUUCUUUGCAUCUUCAUCAACUACAUCAACGCAGGCCUCAUCCAAACUUUUCGUAACCACCAGAUCUUCUACAUGAAUCCACGCUACAUCCUUUUUAUUCACCUGGUGGUCAACGACAUGCUCCAAGUGACACUGACUGUCAUGCUGUUCAUCAUCAGCUACACCCUCUACAAAAUAAAUGUCUCCGUUUGUGGCACUUUCAUCUUGCUUGCUCUUUUCGCCACUGAAAACACCCCUCUGAACCUGGCUUGCAUGGCGGUGGAGUGCUACAUCGCCAUCUGCGUCCCCCUUCGCCACAUGCAAAUCUGUACCGUCAAGAGAACUUUAAUGAUAAUUGGUUUAAUCUGGGCGACAAGCAUGUUUUCUGUUCUUCCUGAUCUGUUCAUCACUUUGGCCACAGAGCCACUGGACUUCUUUCAUUCCCAAGUCUUCUGCCUCAGGGAAACUGUCUUUCGUAAUCCCUACAUUAUCAGGAAGAGGGACAUUACCUAUAUAGUGUAUCUAAUUAUAGUUUGGUUUGCUAUCUUUUUCACUUACUUCAACGUCCUGUUCACUGCUAAAACAGCUAGCAAAGAUGCCAAAAAGGCCAGAAACACAAUCCUCCUCCAUGGGUUUCAGGUGCUGCUGUGUAUGGCAACAUAUGCAGAUCCCCUAUUAAGAUCUGCUUUGCUGCAAUGGUUCCCUAAGAACUAUGCAGACUCCUUGUUUGCUUGUUAUAUUAUCAUACAGAUCCUACCACGAUCCAUUAGUCCAAUCAUCUAUGGCGUACGGGACAAGACUUUCAGGAAGUACCUGAAAAGGUAUCUGUUGUGUAAAAUGAGCCACCAGUAA